AGUCUAAUAAUGGCAACUGGAUUGUUCGUCACCCCCGAGAACGCUGGAGAAAAGCGCCCUAGGGAAGACGAUCAAUAUGAGUCGAGGCCUGCUAAGCGUGUUCGUCGGGAGCAUAGUGGGUUAUUCUAUGCGCCAUCAGGACGACGGACAGGCUAUCAACCAAGGCCGUCAAUUCAAAGACAAGCUCAACCGCGUACUCAACCCCCCUCUCAAGAGCAAUCUCAAGAAGCAGUUCAACCAAUCUCACCGUCUCAAUUUUUCGAAAAGCGUGAAAACUCCGAAGUCUCUGGUAGGAAUUCCUGGGUUCGAGUCCCCUCGCUGGAUUCUCAAAUGUAUGAUUCUCUCCCGAGCAUUAAUUUAAGGUUCCCUUCCGUAUCUUCUAGUACCGGCACCUCCAGUGUUUCCGGUUCUACUGGCCCUAUCUCGUUUCACGAUAUCCUCAAUGAUAUCCUACGGGCCCGGUCGAAUCUCGAAGACAUUAUCGCAGGCCGUAGAUCUACAUCAGAGGAUCUAAACCCCGAAAACCUUGCGGCAAAGCUAACCCGCAAAAACCUUAGAAGACAUCGCAAAAUCGAGAGAAUGCGCCGAGAUGCCGCUAAAUCGACCCCACAGCCCUCAGUUCCGCCCCGUCGUCCGAUCUUCAAAUCAGUAAACUGGAACAGAAAGGCUAGUCGACCAUAUAAAGAUGAUAACGUAUCACCACGUAGAAAAUAAGGGGGAGAUCUGUCUUCAACACGAUGUGUGGAUGAAACCCUGAUAUUGAUGAUUAUCAUCCGAUUAUUCAUUGAUAGUCAUGAUAAAAUAAAAUGCGCUGCUAUGGAUAGUAUGUA